AUGUCGGGGGGUAACGCCGGCGACGCCAUGAUCGGCCGUGUGUGCCGGAACUUCCCGGACACGUUUGCCAAGGACGAGGCAACGGCACGUGAGCAGGACAAGAAGUACUGGAUUAGCCGCGUGCUGGGCUCCGGCGCCACUGGUACGGUUCUGUGCGCGAAGCGCGUAUCUGAUGGCGAAGGAUUUGCCGUCAAAUGCGUUGACAUGGAGGGCAUGUCCGAGGCUGACAAAAAUCGUGCGCAGGCAGAGGUGGACUGCCUGCUAAACUGCGACUUCUUUUCGAUUGUCAAGUGCCACGAGGACCUGGCGAAGCGCGAUGCCAACAACCCAGAAAUGGUGCAGAUGAUUGCACUGGUGCUAGACUACGCCAACGCCGGUGAUCUCCGCCAAGAGAUCAAGAGCCGCGCCCGGACGGGUCGAACGUUCCGCGAGCAUGAGGCAGGUCUGCUGUUCCUACAGGUGCUGCUGGCCGUCCACCAUGUCCACUCGAAGCACAUGAUUCACCGUGAUAUCAAGAGUGCCAAUAUCCUGCUGUGCAGCAACGGCCUCGUGAAACUUGGUGACUUCGGUUUUAGCAAGAUGUAUGCAAAUACCGUGAGUGAUGAUGUCGGUCGCACGUUCUGUGGGACCCCCUACUACGUGGCACCGGAGAUUUGGCGGCGCUGCCCGUACAGCAAGAAGGCGGACAUGUUCUCGCUUGGCGUGCUUCUUUACGAGCUGCUGACGCUAAAGCGUCCCUUUGACGGCGCCAAUAUGCACGAGGUCAUGCACAAGACACUUGCUGGCCGCUUCGACCCCCUACCGAGCAAUAUUAGCCCAGAGAUGCGCGAUAUCGUGACAGCGCUGCUGAGUGGUGACCCAGGGCGCCGCCCGUCGAGCAGUCGCCUGCUGAACAUGCCCAUCUGCAAGCUCUUCCUGUCUGGCCUACUCGAGAUUGUGCAGACGCAACCGGCUUUCCAGGGGGGUCUGCGCGACUCGAUCUCGAACCAGAUUCAGGAGACGAAGCGGCUGCUAGUGACGGAGAAGCGCCAUAUCCAGCGCAUGAUGGAGGAAAGCUCGGGCAGCUCUGUGGCCGCGUCUACUACGAUUCUCGAAGGCGCUACCCCGCUGACAACGACGCUGGGCGGCCUAACGAUUCACGAGGGAACCGUGAAGAAGCAGAGCAGCGACAUGGUGUGGAAAAAGCGCUAUCUGUGCAUCCGCGCCGAGCUCGCCGACGGUCAGACAGUGCUCGAUAUGAACCCCAAGUUCAAGACCUUGGACAUGGUGCUGGCGAUAUCGAAGGAGACAAUGGAGCAGCAGUGCAUUUCCACGCCCUUCACGGAGCUGGAGGAUGCCUUCCCGGUGCCUGCGAAGUAUACCGGCUGCAAUGCCUCCUUUGUUUUCGCCGUCGCUUUCAAGACCGGAAAGCGCCUGUCGUUCCAGACAAAGAGCGAGGUAGAGCGCGACCUUUGGAUGGAAAAAAUUCAGGACGUUUUGGGAAUCGGCGACAGCGACGACGACAUGUCUCCUCUGCCCGCAAAGGAGUGA